AGUUCUGGAUCGCGACUGUUCAGUUGACGGGAAAGAGGUGAGUGGUGAAGGAUGGCGAUGAAGCUGGUACUUUGUGGUUUUCUCUUAAGUCUUCUCCAGUUCCACGGCGUUGAUGGACUUGCGGAAAAUGCGAUAAAUGUCAUCACGAACGUCCUGUCACGCCGGGUGACAUACUCUACGUCGUGCGGGUGGUGGGGUCGAUGCACCAGACACAGGACAGUAUACUACAAGCAGCAUGUGUGCAACUCUGGAUACAGAUCUACCGAUAACCAUGGCUGUCCGCACGCCAUCUGCGACAACGUCAUUAACCCAAACGGCGCCUGCAACAUUGACUAUCCUACGUCCCACAUCAUCUACAGCAAUGGCUUGACCCAAUACAGUAGCGGGGGCACCUGCAGCCUCCCCGAGAUAUGCACUAACUGCAAGAUGGGCUUCUAUGCCAGCCUAAACAGAUGCCGGAUGUGCUCGGCCAUCUCCAACUGUGACCUGGAGGAAUGUACGUCGCCCUCUGACCAGGUGUGUUCCCGUUGUGAAGGGGUGUACAGGGAUCGGCCUGGGGAACGAGCGUACGCCGACACCACAGACAAGAAAUCCUGUAUCCAGGCAUGUUCGUGGCGCAGUGACAGUACACGGUGCUACCCGGGAGUAUGUGCAGAGGAAUAUGCAAGGAAUUGUAUCUGUACAACAGAGUUUAGCGGAAGACACUGCGAGAAAAUCGACACGUUCCCAUCUAUUUUGUACAACACACUGAAGGUGACCGGCCCGGGCCUGGACAAGGUGGAAGCCCCAGACAAUCCCAAUGAAGGAGCUCCCCAAGACAAGUCCUGGACCAACAUCAACGACACAAGGAUGAUCUACUACAAAUUCGAGACCAAGUUCAUCAUGACUGCGACUCCACCGCCCAGACAGGCCUAUGUUGAGGGCUUUGCUGUUGGCAUCAUCAACGCCAAAGCAACAUUUGAAGUUAAAAGAAACGACUGUGUCAUAAUGAGCACUGUACGACCUUGCAAUGGCCCCAGUAAGACGGCACCUCAUCAAACUAAGUUGACCUGUGAGGAGGACGUGACUGCAGAUACCUUUCUCUCCCAUCAUGUGGAGAAUGGAGAUAUAAUGGAAUUCACAUUUGAGGCAACUAAUGGUGGCUACGUUAAAGUGAGGAACAAGGAGAGCGGCAGUCUCGUGACUUACUACUACGAAGGGAAGACACAAAUCAAUCGUUAUAGCCUCGGGUUUGACUUCAUAGACCCACAUCACUGCAGUGCAGAUCUGGAGGAGAAAUGCACAGAUGACAUGAUAUCACUGGCCAAGACCCACACACAGGCUCCGAUCUGUAUCACGUGGCAGGGAUGGAGGGACGACGUCCUGGUGUUCUCCUACUUGGUGUCGAUAUUUGAACUUUAUGACCAACAUCCCAACAGAAGUGACUCUCAACUCGUGGAGAAAUCACUAGCCUUUGAAUCUGACAGAUACAGCGGCGAGAUAUCCUCGAGUCAGUUUCAUCUGUCACACCCCGGGGUGUAUGCCCUUGUUUUAACCGCUUACGACAAGGCCGAAAACAGCAAGAGUGCUCAGCGAAUAUUCAUCUAUGACGAGGUGUCAAAAGUGGGCGUGGUCCAUGACACGAGGCUGCUAGUGACGUCAUCGGCUUCUAGAACAACCCACCGCUGGCAGAGGAAUACGACGGAAGUGUCUGUCGACUGGGAGAAGAGGUACAUCAACCCCCUCCAUUACAACAAGGGGUGGCUGAAGCAAGCGGCCUCCACGCAUGACGUUACCCAGGACUACGACGAUAACAACCACUCCAGGGGAAUAGACGCCAUUGAUCACGUGCAGGGCAUAGUGGAAUACCGCACCGCCUUCCUGACUGACCACAGUGGCGGCAGCAGCAUCCUCUCUCCCCCUCCUGACGCCGACUUCCAGAGCCAGGGUUUGACUCAGCACCAGACAGUCACACCGGUCCUCGUGGACGGAGACACCGUCAGAUUCUGGGUCAGGGCGUACGACAUCAGGCGCGAACUCCUUGAGGAGAGCGUGACAGUCCACGUGGACACAUCGCCCCCAGUCAUAGAGAACCUGUGGCUCACCAGGGGAGACAGACUCAACAUCAGUGUGCAUAGAGUAGAGGAAUUCAAUGAAAUGACAUUUGAGUGGCUGGCGUUUGACGACCACAGUGGUCUAGAAACUGUGUCGUGGAGACUCUACGACAACAUCACCGGCUCAGACAUCUACCACGGAGAAGAACAUCUAUCAGCUCAAGGAGACACGCAAACACUGGCCAAGUGCACAGCGAGGUACGGCGACUAUGCACGGGGUGCCAACUGCUACUGUACGCCAGGGACAGGGUGUUACCACAGACACUUCCAGAUCAAACCACGCAUAAUCUCAUCUAAUCUCAGUCAUGGUGGCCUAUUCCACGACAUGCACAAGGGCGUUCACGACUCCGACUACUUCAUCGAGAUUACAGUAAUGAACCACGCCAAACUAAACAUGUCGCUUGCAAUCAAGGUAACAGUAGAUGCAAGUGCACCGCACCCUGGAGUUGUCCACGAUGGUCAGUCUGGAUUCUCGGAAGUGGACUACCAGGACAGUCUGCAGCUCCACGCCCACUGGGACGGCUUCUUUGACCGGGAGAGUGGGGUCAAGUUCUACCAGUAUCAGUUCUCUGACAAGUGUCUACAAAAGGAGAAUUUCGGUUUGGAUACGAGUGUUUUGAAUGUGAAGGAAACCUACUCGACACAUGCAGCAUGGCCGGCACCUUCCCCAGGGACGUAUCACGUGACAGUGGUGGCCUACAACCAGGCCCUCGAGGCAUCUGACCCUGUGUGUUCUGACGGAGUGACCAUUGAUGAUUCACCACCAGCAGUGGGACAGAUUGCUGUAGCCUCGUCUAGCAUUGCCCCGGGUCUGGUCACCACCUCAUCAGGCACGGUCUGGUUCAUAGACAAUCGCCGCAGGAGAAGCAGAAUUACUGAACCAGAUACCCAAUGCAGAUCCAAAGGGACAGCAAUCGACGCGGCAGAGUUAGAGAAGUUCCCCAUUCACGUGAUGAAAGAUGGAACGAUGGUGAAACGAAAUGCAACAUUUUGCAUACAAGCCUUGUCAAGCUUCUACCAGAUACACAUUUCUGCAAACCACAAUAUGUUUGUAAACUGGACCGGAACUGACGCGGAGAGCGGUAUCCAUGACUACGAGGUGGGGCUGAUGUCAGAUCCUUCUGGUGAAGCAGCUCCAGACAUCCUGCCGUACACGUCCACUCAUCAUCAUCCCCAGUAUCAAGGCUACCACCCUUCUCUCAGUGAGGGGCAACAGUUCUACAUAGCCAUCAAGGCCAUCAACAAAGCUGGGCUUACAACCAUUCAGAUCCUGGGACUUGUCCUCGUGCACACCUGCCUUUAACGGGGGAUUCACUGCUGCCCUGCUGCCCAGUCUGAGUCGUCUCAUAAUAAUAUUUUAUACUUUAAAGUUUACACUGUUUCUGUUGUGCUAUUUGGCUGAAUGCGUUGCCACGUAAUCUGAUAUUUGGAGUUCAUACGCCUGUGAAAUUCACGCGAUGUUAACAAUCUUUUGUGAGAAAUUGAUAGUGUGAACUUUUACCGAAACUACUCUCCGGGUUUUCCCCAAACUCUCGAUCAGUGUUGACAAUUGUUUUCUAUUUUAUUUUUCAUUUUUAUUCCCUGCAUUUAUCGGCAUUUAAAUCAAUCAUAGUAUUUUUGCCUGAUCUUAUAACUCUAUAUCUGACUUCAAAAUAAAUACAUGCUUUGA